AAAGGUUGUAAUCUCACACAGCUUCAUAGAGCUUACCACUAUUCAGCAUAAGCAAGUUCUUUUUUAGGUGGACUAAAUGCUAGCUCAUCUCUUGGUGAUUUCCAGCAUUAUCAGCUCGGCACUAACUACUCGCUACCAUAGAUCUCUCUUAGAGAGAGGGAUCUAUACAGUGGAUAAUGCAAUUGGUAUCCCAAGUGCUUAUCAACUGGUUCAACAGCUGGACAAAUUUAUCCUUUGCAACAACUUGAGACUACAAUCUUGGACAAAACUGUAGAGAAAAUUGUAUACUUGGGGAAAAUGUUUCUAAACAUCGAAGCUGUAUCGCUUCGUCCCUCUCCCCCUUCUACUGAAAGCAAUGUUGUUGUGUAUUCAAAAGAAAGCCUGAUUCCUGAGCGUUUGUAGGAAGCAACAUUGAACUGGAGGAAGGAGAUUUCUUUCCGCAAAGGCGUCGUUUUGGAAAUAGUUUUGUUGCGUAGAAAAGUGGACAUGGUGGGGAAAACUCACUCAAGUAGUUUUGUCCGGGAUUGUAGGCUAAGAGAUCGACGCGAUGUUUUGUAAUUGCAAUUGAACAUUACGAUUUUAUAGUAUCCAUUCCCUUCGGUGCUUUUCAUGGAUAACUAGCAAAACUGGGGGGGGGGGGACUUUAGCCCGACUGUUUAAUGCGCAAUUUAUAAUUGAUUAAGCAAUGAUUUAUGAAUGCCACCUGAUCUGAAAGUGAAGUUGAGAUAGACCACCACACCGGGGACCACAUUCUCUACUCUUUACGAACAGUGUGUGGGUUCUUUAUCGUCCAAGAAAAUUUUAUGUGAGCUAGGGCUGUGAGACAGGGUCUACGGUUUAUCGUCCUUAGCCGAGAAGACUAGAAAGUCCAACCGUUCGCAGAUGUCAUGACAAAGGCAGCACUCUCUCCUCAGUUAUUUAAAGAGCCUGUCUGUUGGUUUGGCCGAGGUUUGAACCCGCUGCCUUUCGCUCGGUAGAUGAACGCUAAUCCAACAAGCUAACUAAGGGUAGAAUCCUGACCUUCAGAGAUAAAGUGUGAUGCUCAUUAUUCUUGUCAUAUAGUGGGUUAACCAGACACAUCGGAAAUUAGUUUGCUCAAAUCGACUCAUCACAUUGAUCAUGAAAGGUCUUUUUACGAGUAUAUUUUUCUUGUUCUGUAGGGCUGACCGCACAAUGACAGGCCACGUUCUUGGGCAUCCCAGUAAAAGGGCCAAAGGUUUGGUUCCUGAACGAAACCUUUCGUCCGUAGUUGUGGGAGUCACAAGGGUUCUUAUGCAUUGUGCUAUGAUAGAAGGAGCCUGCCGCCAACCACAGGUGAUUAAAAGUCGCUUUUUAUGUCUUGGGUGUAAGGGCAGUGUUGAACAAGGCUAACACAAGCUUCUAUUUUCGAAGCUGUCUCAUGGAAUUCCCUGAAACUUUAGAGGCCAAGCAGACUAUUUCCUUAGUUGCUUUCAAAUCCCUUCCUGGACUAAUCCGUUUAGCUCGUCACUGCUGACAAAUAAAUAAAGCAAUUGUCGCAUUUUGUUAUUUAGUAUCUGGAUUAAUAUAUUUUCGAAGCGUUGUUGAUUUAUACUAUAUUGCUAGAAUUACCCAGUUAAGCAAGGCCCCUUUUACAGAAAUUAAAAUCAAAUGAAAUCAAAUGUGAAUGCCAGUCAUCUAGAAGACGGUAAAACAUUGACAGCUGUAAUAUUUAUGAUAGCAUGAAUGGAUAACUUGUUUCUCACUAUCCCUGUUUUGCGUCCCUGUUUAGGGUUUGGGUGCCCUCAUCCAACCCAAAGUUCCCCCCGCGGCCUUGGCGCAGUUUUUAUGGGAUCACCUCCAAAUGGACCUAGAGCUUCUCGCCAAAAGCCUUGGACGAAGUGUAGAUGAUACAGUUCUUUGCGUUCACAUGGUUCUUGUGCAAAUGACCACGCUUAUUUCUAACCGUAAGUUGAAAAGCACAGUCAAACACCGACCAAAAAUGACAACCAUACUAUGGCUGAGGGAUCAGAGGGUUUUGUGUUGUGCUUAAAUUGGAGUUACCUAACGUUACUUGUGUUAAUUAAGUUAAACUGGAAAUUCAAAAUAAAAAAGGCGAUAAAUGAUUACGUUGCCUACAGGUGUUCGCACUUACGCGGAUCUAUUCGGAAUUAGCUUAAAGAUUCCACAUGUCCAUGUUAUUUGUGUUAAAAGUGUACAGAAACAUAUAAAUAAUAUGGGUAACUGAAAUAUUUAAAUUCUUAACUGACUAGACUUUUUAAAAAUACUAACGAGAUCCGUUGAAUUUAUUAACCCGCUAUGAACCCGUGUUCCCUGAGUAGUUCUGGUGAGAUUUUUUUAAAAAACGUUCUGACACUUGAUGACAUGAUCGUCUUUGUAUCACCAGUCUUUGAAAGAUGGAGGGGGCAUCACUGAAUCCAUAGCAUUCUUGGGAGAGACGAGGGGAUAACGAAAAAAUCCAGCGACAUUUGAAAAGUGCAUGGCAAAGAGAAGAAAUAACCACUUCUUAUUUUAAUCAACUUGAGUUAAUAGAAAAUAAACUUUAGAGCUUCCUACAGGUCAAGUGUCUAUGUGUCAUGCAAGAAAGGCGUUCGCUUCACACGAGGACAUCUUUUACCCGUUUUCAGAUCUCUCGCUUUUAUUUUAGGACAACCAGUCGUGAAUGUCGCCCCUGAUUUUAGGUCCAAAGAUUCUCGAAGAAAAUGGGAAACAGCUUUCAGCAACAGUGUGGUGGCUCCAGUGCUUACGGUAUGCGGACUUUACUUUAUAAUAAUAAUAUAAUUAAUAAUGAUAUCAUUUUGAUGCUUUUGGAUUUUCUAAUUUGAUUCUCACUUCUUAAGAACCUCGAGGGAAAGAUCCAAAAUUGCUUGGAAAUGAUGGUUGGAGACAAUCGACUGGGUAAGUUUUUACUGUUAUUUCAAAGUGUACAUUAUUUAUUUAUGUAUUUGUCUAUAUUUUUGCUUUUAGUUAAUAAUUUUAGAGAACCAACUAACCACCCAAUGCGACGAGACUGAAGUACACAUUAAAGUACACGAAGGAAUGCUCGGAAAAAAACCAAGCCCCCUAGCAGGAAUCGAUCUCACGACCCUCCAAUCACCUUUUGACGACUCUACCCACUGAGCUAUGGGUGACUCAUAUAGUGAGCAGGAUGUACAGCAUCUCAAGAGGACACAGGUCACUUAUCAAAGCAAAGCUAAAGACCUGCAUAUCGUAAGCACCUAAACUAAGAGUUGUAAACACUUAAUAGAUUUAGUGAUUCAACCACCCAAUGCGAUCACUAAAUCUAUAACUGACACAACUCUUAUUUAAUUUGCUUUCGAGAUACAGGUAAUUUAGUGAGUGUUUUGCCUUUGAUUAGUGUCCACUGUACUCGUUACAUGCGAAAUUCUGAGUACCUCAAUUGCACCUCACGCUCACUAUAUGAGUCACUCAUAGCUCAGUAGCUAGAGCCUCCAAACGGUAACUGGAAUCUCGUGGGUCAGAAAAAUUUAACCGGGUCUUUGUGUACGUUAAUAUCUACUUCAGUUUUUUCAGUUAAUUUACAUUUUCAUUAACUGUGUUAUUUAAAUCCGUUUUGUCCUUAUAGAAAACAUGAUGUGCUUUCCGCGUCGUGUAGUUUUGAAAAGCAGAAAACCCCAUUACGUUAAAUUUAUCAUUCCAAUUCUUUCAGGCAACAACCCUCUGAUGCGCCAGCUAUAUGAGGUAGACAUCACACCUGAUGAUCUGUCUGUGAGUAUCUCUCCUACGUGUCCCGCACUGUGGAGAUAUCGAACUCAGGUGACUCUUGAUCACUUGUCUCACACAUUUCAACAAGAGGUGGCCUCCACCGAUCCCGAGAGGAACAAAGUGUUAGCGGAGUUUUUACGACAGGUGAGUGCAGGUUGCAUUUAGGUUGCAUUUAAGGAGCUGUUUGUUACCAGGCUAGUUUUAUUUGUCUUGGGUCAAAAUGCUGAGGAGUUAUGAAGAAAAAGAAUAAGUGUCAUCAGGGAGCAAUAUUUUAUUUAAGAGAGCAUCAAGUUUUCCCAUACACUGCUUUAUAAAAAAUGACAUCCUGAGGAGUUAUGAAGAAGAUACCGAAUAAGUGUCACCAGGGAGCACUAUUAAACCACAAUAAUUUUCGGGUGAUUUAUGCAGGCAUAGCAUUGAAAAUUGAGUUUCACCAUCCUUGCCAUCAGUUACAAAGGAUAACAGGAAAAAGUUCCUUUUCCUAAAUCUUAAUCGGGACCAUUAUUUUUGGAAUUCAAUUGAUGCUAAGACAAGUUUUAGCGUUUUAUGGCAAAUAGAGUGACAUGGCCCCUGUACUUAAUUGGUUUGCUAACACCAUACGAUUUUGUCAUUGAAAUCAGCGGCUGCAAAGUAAUAAGUAAAUAACAGUGUGUGCAGUCUGUGAACAGUCCCCCGAGGGAGCUAGCUUUUUCUUUGUCCUGUAACCCACUAUAGACCUUGUUCACAGGCCGCAAUAAAAAUACUGCCCAACUGUCUACGCCCCUUCGAAUCAAUUUAAGCCCUUUUCAAUAAACUAUGUACUUUUGUACUCGCGGGUAAUGGAUAUCUAUUAGUGUAAUACAAGACGUAGAAAUUAUGAUCAUCUCCUUUGUCCUCUUUUUUAGGAACACAAUCUCCGUGCCCUCCGCUUUUUGCCAGAUAUCAUUAAGCUACAGCGUCUUCUCAUGGAAAAAUUCCAUCGCAGAAUCGACAGGGCAGAAGCAGAGCAUAUCACAAUUCGAAAUUUCCUACAGAAGAUUCCUUCUAGUAAGGUUUUUGUCCGAAUAUGAGAUUACCCAACAAUAAAUGCCUGGUAACUAACUAUAAUCACUGUGGAUAGAAACAAGGAACAAAAUACUUUCUUUUAUGUUUUAGAUUUCAACAGAACUGUCUUCAUUUGACUAUUUUCUUUGGAUUUCCUUUGUAUUAUAUAAAAGCCAUGCCUCAGGGUUCGAAGGGCUAGUUUGUAUCACAAAGAAAACAUCGGUUGAUGAUGCUUUAAAAGUUUUUAUUCAGAUUUAAUGCGUGGUAACAAACUUAUUACCUGAGUAUUUUGUUACUUUCUAUUAACGAUAUGAAUCUAUUGUUUACACGUGACAAAGUAUUUCAUCAUGAUUUAAGUGAUACCUCAUGGGUUCUCGAAUUACGGCAGUAUGUGAAAAGACAUUUUCCACUGCGCCAUUUUAGAACAGAGAGGGCUUCAUGUUAUGAAACUGUUCGGAUAAAUUGUCCAUGCAGAUAACCUUUUGUUAAGCUUCAAAAACAUAACAGCAUAGAAUAUUAUGUUGAUUCUCUUGUAUUUGUAUGAACAGCAUGAGUUUGGUUUUUCUGAUUCAAUUUGAAUUAAGACAGUAAAAAAUGAAAACUUUGUCAUGGUUUCCUGCGACAGAAAAAUCGUGGGUUGUAUCACGUGAUACCCGUGCUCCUUUCUGUUACCAUGUGACCAAAAAUAGCCAAUAAAAUCGGGCCAAAAUUAGCCUUCCCAGCUGGCGUUAUUGUCUCGGUGCGCGAUUAAAGUUUUGGCGGCGGAGCCGUGAUCCAGAAAAGGGAGUGGGACGAGGAGUUUAAAAUAUUUCUAUUUCCAUUUCUAUUUCUCGCCGCCAAAACUCACUCGACUACUACACAAUUCCGCCAGCUAUGCAGGCUACGUUAAAAUCAAUUGUUUGGUUUUAAUUCGUAAUAUUCUCCACAGAAACAACUAAAGAUGAACUCACCUCCCUGAUAAUGAGUUUUAACAAUGCGUGGAAUCACGUCAGACUGAGUCUUGACCAGCAAGGUAUGUCUCCUAGACCUGUCAGUCUGCCUUACUUUCUAGUAAAUCACAAUUUUGUGAAUUGCAGGAGCGAGUUAGAUUUGUUAUUUAACCAUCUAAUAUCCCUCGCAAGAAGCUAGCGUCGAUGUUUUUUUUCAAGAAGAACUUGCUCGUUUUAAACAACGGGAAGAUGAUGAUUUUAUCUUUGCGCUAUGAAGAUUAAGUUUUAUUUUAGAGAUCCUUUACAAGGGACAACUGUCAAUAUAAAUUAUAUUGGACAGUUUCGACUCGCGAAUUUUUAGACGAAGAAAAUUAAAGGGUAUGUGCCACCCCAAAGGGUGGGGAUUUUGCACCGUUUUGGUCUGAAAACGGAUUAUAGACUGCUCAUUUUGGUCUGGAAUCGGGUAUGGUUUUUAAGAGAACUACGGCAGUGUACGAACGUAUUUAUUGUUUCAAUCCCAAAUGAGUAAGAAAGAAAGAGAAAUAUACCAAUCCGAAACGGAUUUUAAGAAAUCUUUUUGUUACUGCUCUAAUCUAAGUAAUGAUGACAUAAUUUCUUAAAGGCCAGUUCUGAGAAUGGGAAUGGAUUUUAGAGGCCAGGUCUGAAAACGGGUGUGAAAAAUGACAUUUUUUGGUCUGAAAUAGGGUCAGGAUUUGGAGAUCCGACUGGUACACCCCUACCUAGAAUUCCCAGGAGUAACUCCGGGAUCUAACACUAACCAAUCCUUUUAUUUAAACAGGGCGCCUUCGUCCUUCAAGUGAUUUAUGCGAGAAGUCCAUGGAUAACUCGCGUCCUCUUGCAGUACUGUUGCCCAGUACGUCUGGGUUGGGCAUCUGCUCCAUGGCUCUGGUAUUUUUUCUCACCAUGUUGCAUAACGAGUUUAACGAACGGUACCAGAAUUUGACCGGCGGAGAAGUCAAGUAAGUAUCUUUCUUUUUACUCAUCCUCCCUCUCCUCUGGGGCUGUUAUAUUUUUCAAUUUUAUACUACUACAUGAGAAAUUUCUGCAAAUUUGAUUGGCUUGAAAUACCUACCUGUGAAAAUUAUUACAAACCUUUUGUGGGUAGUAGGGUAAACAAAUAAUAGCAUGAUUUGUACGUGAUAUUUGGCAUAAAUACCACUUGCGAUAUUUCAAAAUGUCUCAAAUUCACUCGCCUAACGGCUCGUGAAAUUACGUAUAACAAUUUCGAAAUAUCACUCGUGGUAUUUAUGCCAAAUAUCACUACAAAUCAUGCUAUUACUUAAUACUAAUACUGUUUAUUCAAAAUAUUUCCCCGUUUCUGAUUGGCUCCAAUCCUCCCUCAUAACCAGCCGGUGCUAACCAUAUUUGAAAAAUGUAGUCAAUAACGUAAAUAACCCAUCGAUACUAUGGUAUAUUGCUAGCAGCCUCGUUUCCACGCAGUAGCUGCCUCAGUUGUGUAGAGCUGUAUGGCAUGGCAGCGAAAGUUGUUUAUGCCAUACUGAACUAAAGGAAAAUAGCGUUCAGGGCUAUCCAAAGACAAAAUAACCGAAUUUCUAACUAAAACUGAACAGAAGAAAUGUAAUAAUACGUAAAAAAAAUUAUUGCUAGAUAGAUGUCAAGUAUCUACAAUAAAAAACAAAGUUUACAUCCUGGAACCGUGCCGAGAAACAGGUAAAUGUUUGAAUAUUUUUGCGGUCAGUACGUAUACUAACACCAUUUGUCCUUUUUGAUCUCUAGGGACCUGCCUCACAUACAGCUACAAGACGUAACCACAUCACAACUGAUUGCUUAUGACACUGACAGAGAUCUACUUCCGCUCAUCCUGGCUCAAUGCAACUACUCUCUGGAGGUGGGUCGGGGAACGUUGGUACAGUACAACUGGGACGCACUGGAAAGACAGCUGAUUGACAGGUUCAUCAGGAGAAAACCUCUUGUUGAUUUCAAGGUAAACUGUGGACUGUGGAAUUUCCACGUAAAAUUUAGAUUGAAAGAUUUGGGAGACCAAUCCAUUGACGGACGAUUGUUGAGUUUAUAUCGAGAAAUCUCUGUGUACUAAUUUUCCCCAUAAUCAUUGACGUAAACACCUUUGAGUGUUUACGUUCCCUAUAAAUCCUUAAAUUUAAUCAUUUUCGAUCGGGUUGUCAAACCACAUUUUGUAAAGAACAACACUGAAACGUUCCACAUUGUAAAAAACUGCGCCAGAGGCAUUCGUUACCGCUGCCGUCAAACAACUCUACAAAGGCCUAUUCAACCGUUUUGCCUAAAAUUAGUCACUCAAGCUAUUAGAAAGCUGAAUUAUACAGCAAUUAAGAUAGAUUGCGUAAGUUCCCCGUAGAAGAACAAUUUCUUUUACGUUUUUCGUAGGAUUCUCAUUGCUGAAACUGUCGACGAGAGAUUAGCGAAUAAAAAGAAAAGAAAGGAAAAAUUGACAAUGACAGCAUCACAGUCACGGUGAAUGUUCACGAGAGCUAUUGAAGACUUUCACUCAGUAUACAUAGCUGCUCGUCAGUAAAUCUAUGUACCAAGAGAAAAAAGGGGUUGGACUUUCGGAGCCGUGAUACCCCCUCCCUCUAGUUUUCAAAAUAGUCGGAGGAGACUAUUUUGGGACCUCAAGUGUGCAAGUGUGGCACGCUGGCAUAUCGGUCAAAGUGUUUCGUCAGAUUUCUCUCUUUACUCACUACUUAUAUAUUUAUUUAGUAAGUUAAUGACUCACACAUGUAUAUAUUUUCCAAAAAAGGUUUCCACGGUCCCGUAAUUACUCUCAUUUACUCUUCAAAGAAGAGUGUAGUGUUAAGCGUUCAUUGUUGCUGAUCCAUUUUCUAUUUAUUAUACUUGAUUUUAAAAGCCCAAUUUGUUCAAUUGUUAUUGUAGGAUGAGAGGUUUGCAUUCAGUAAAGAUAUCCAACUAGACUCUGUCUUUGCUGCUGUAAAGGCUAUGGUUCCUCAGGUAAAACCAUUCUUAUUAGUGUACUAGAGCUAACCUGCAGACUAGCCUCAAGGAGUAUAACGACAUUGAAAUUAAUUGUACGAGAAACGGUUACCCCGCGUGACACAUGCCUCGAUUGUAAAGUAGAUUUAUAGUCACUUGAGUACUCAAUUUUUUUGCAGUUAUCGGAAGCGAAGGAGGCACCUUCAUCUUCGAAUAUGUUAAGACUUGAAUGUAGUCAAUGCAUCAGCGCUAAUUGUCAUAAUAUCCAUGACCAGUCGCACAGAGGCACUCUAAAGAACUGUGAGAUUCAAUUAAACUACGGAUAUAUUUUUGUCUUUUCUCAGGUUCCUCUGAGUUCAGCAGUAAGCCGUCAGGUCAUAAGCGAGUUUCGCUCCCUGACUGACAUCUGUGACGUGCUGUCAUCUUUGGAAAUUGCCAUCGGUUUUCUAUCUUCCACUGGGGGAGCCCCUGAAAGGCUCCUCAGUAACUAUCUAGGAGGGGUGCUACGAAUGCAACAAAACACUCUACGGAGUUUGAAGGUAUAAGUUGUAGCUACAACUCAAGUUAAGUUUGUACAGUAAAGAAUUGACUUUUGCAGCAACCUUCGCGUUUGUGUGCCCGAUUUUCCUCUUCCCCUUUCCCUUUCGAAUGGGUUCUGGGUAUUCUGCUGCCAACAGAUUCCUCCUGGGUUGAAUCCAAUACAUUCUACGUGUCUUUUUUCUUCUAUUUUCCCUUUCAGGCCCAGCAGUACUGUCAGUUACGUCACGUGAUCUCUCUCUGGCGACUUCUCACCCUUGAGAGAGCCAGAAUUCUUAUAAGGCGAGGCGAGGUAAGGAACAUUUUAUAUUUCCAUUUUUAACUUACAUUUAACCUUUGCACGACAUUCGCAAAGACUUCGUAACAACAUUCAGCUGAGGAAUUAUCAACUUUCUCAUCAAAACAAAAUUAAAAACAAGGAGACUUAAAAGCGACUUCUUACUUCGGUGUCGUAUAAUAAACGAGAAAGUAGUUACUCCGUGCAAUCGAAACAAACGCAAAUAGGCAAUUAAACCAAUCAGACCUCCAAGACUGUAUAUACAUACGAUAUCAGACCCAAAGUAGCUCAGAACAAGCUCUGUAUUUGGGGAAUAUUGCUUGGAGUCGCGGGCGAGCGGGUAGCGAAAAAGGGCGCGAGGGCACGGGGCUUUGCCACUCGCCCACGCAAUCUCUUGCAACUCGCCUCGCUCGUUACUCGAAAUAGAGAGCUUACUUACACUUGCCUAGCACACCACGAUUGAUUUAAGUUUUUUUCAGUUGUUGAUCUAAGUACUGUAAUCCUGUAAGAGAUGUGUAAACAGCAAUGCUUAAAGUAAGACUUAACUUUCAGUGUUAUUGCCUUUGCAGGAUCCGUUUGAGCAGAUUUCGGACAAAUACAAACAGGUCAUGUCCCGACCUCAGCUGAUGAAGUUUAGCAGUGGGAUGAGAAGGAUUGACUUGGAUCGGUUUGUCUGUGAGGUCCUGGAACUUAUUUUGCUAAACUUAAGAGGUGAUGCAGUCCCCGGAGAAGAAGAAAUGAGGUAACUUUGGAGAGAUUGCUUCUAUUACGACUAGUAUAUCUAUGGUUGACGUAGUCAUCUGUGGAAUGUUUAACUGUAGUUGGCUAUUUACCAGCAUGAACUCGGUGUUUUGUGUUGGACUGUCGAGAAGCAAGUCUUGAUAGUGGUCAGAGAUGUACUCAACCCUAGGACCUCUGGAUUGCAAGUCCAACGUCCACGCUGCUCCCCCUCCCUCCCCUAACUACUAUUGUUGAUCAUAUUACGAAGCUAAACCAAAGAUUCAGAGAAAUAUUUUACCUGAUAUAGUUCAGUUUACAAAACUCGGCUUGUGUUCCAACCCACUCCCUAGUGGUUAAAUAUGACCUGGAUAAUUUGCGUAUCAUCUUACAACGGCUGUGUCUCCUUUUAUUCAGCCUGGUUGAAUACAUCGAGUGGCAUCUUGACAACAAAGGACAUGAACCAGUUCCAGGACUGGACGCAUUGCCAUCGGAAGUGCAGCUAAAGCACGUGAUCAAUGCUUGGAGAACCUCUGUUGAACUGUGUGACAAUUAUCACGACAAGCGAGACGCUGCUAACGCUUGA